AGAGCAUUGCAGAGUGCUCUUCAUCAGCGUGAGGACAGGUGGGGACUGCUUGGACGAAGAAACCCAGAAGAAAAAGAAGAUGGCGUCUGGGAAAGGCUUGACGACUCUGGAGAAGUGUCUGACGGUUCUGUUCGUGUGCUUGAGUUUGGUCUGCAUUGGCCUGAUUACAGUAUACGCCCUUGAGAUGAACAAAAAUUCCAAAGACAAGAAUGAUGGAGAGGAGGUGCUGAGUUCCGGCUGUGGGAGCCCAGGACAGCUGAGCGGAGACUCGGGGGAGUUCAGCAGUAGGAAUUAUCCGAACCACUACAAAGACGACAUGAGCUGCAGGUGGAACAUCACUGUGGAACGCAGAAAGGUGAUCCAUUUAUGGUUCGAGGACUUUUCCCUGGAGUAUUCCACCUCGUGCAGUGCAGACGCUCUCACACUGCGGGACAACGUGGGGCUCAUCGGGACGUACUGCGGUCAGUCAGUUCCGAAGCCGAUUGUGUCUCUGGGAAACAGUUUGGUGGUGCAUUUUGACACCAACCACAUACAUGCAUACCGAGGAUUCAGAGCCAUGUACCGCGCUGUUAACCCUGAGAGUGUUACAGAAAUAGUUGGUGCUGGUGGAAUCCUGGUGAGUGGCACUGGGGAGCUGAUGACCCUUGGCUUUCCAGAGCAGAACUAUGAUUUGGGGGUGAUAUACCAGUGGAGGAUUGAAGUAUUGCCACAAGAGACGGUUCGACUCACAUUCCUGGACUUUGACCUUGACCCUUAUUCCUGUGAAGACUAUGUAGACGUCUUUGAUGGUUAUUCAGAUGGUGUUAGUGCCAUUAAACUGGGUCACUUCUGUGGAAACAAGGUGCCAGAACCAGUGGUCUCCCACAGCGGUGGAAUGGUGGUGCGUUUUAAAAGUGACUUUGCCUACUCUGCUAAAGGAUUCAGAGCUGUCUACACUGCAGUUCCACCAGUCACACCAACCAUCAGCCCAGCGUCCCCCACCACCAUCACCACUGCUACUCUAAACACUACCAUUACAACAUCUACCACUGUUGGACCAAUAGACUCUGGCUGUGGCUCUCCAGGGACACAGUCUGGUCGUAAAGGUGAGAUCCACUCGCUGGGCUUUCCUGACACUUACCCUGCAAACCUACAGUGCUCCUGGAACAUCAGCGUGGCUGAGGGUCUCCUGAUCAAGCUACACAUCACUGACCUGGCCAUCGUCGGAGAGGCUGGACAGUGCGGCGGGGACAAGCUCACUGUGUCCGACAGCCAGCAGUCACUGGGAACACACUGCGGGUUUAUUCUCCCUCCAGUGCUUGUCAGUGUCAGUAACAGGAUGUCCCUGAGUUUCCAGUCUGACGGCCGGCUGGCUGACCGCGGCUUCUCCGCCAGGUGGGAGGCUGUGUAUCCAGAGGACAUUGCCGAGGUCCAGGGCUGUGGAGGCUUCUCUCGUGAGGAGACAGGGGUCAUAAAGUCAGAAAACUGGCCCAUGAAUUACCCACCCAACAGAGAGUGCCUGUGGAGGAUGCAGGUGCCCCAGGGCAAAACCAUCACGCUGACGUUCACCCAGUUCGACGUGGAGGAGGCCGGCCUCCUGUUAGGACGCUGCUUUGACAACGUGGUCAUUUAUGAUGGAUCACAGCCCACAGCCAAGAAAUACGGUCCGUACUGUGGUACCAAUAUCCCACCGGUGAUCCAGACGACGGGAAACGAGCUGGUGAUGCGUUUCUUUGCUGACUUUUUUACGGAAGCUGAAGGAUUCAGAGCUUUCUGGACCACAGAUCCCACCCUGCCAGCUCCAACUGAACCACCUGUACCACCAAACCCAUGGGACAACAUCCAUAUAGAAUGGCCGGAGACGUGCGGAAGGCCUGCGAUCCCCCCAACGGUCAACACUCGCAUAGUGAACGGCGAGCCUGCCAAAGCUCACUCCUGGCCCUGGCAAGUGUCCAUGCAGGUUUGGCCCGAAUCCCAGCCGACCCCCACCUUCUUUCACACGUGUGGUGGGACGCUCAUCCAUAAGCAGUGGGUUUUGACAGCUGCUCACUGCUUCAUCAGGUAUGCAGAUGAGCUGCAGAGAUGGCAGAUGUGUCUGGGCAAAUACAACCUGACCCUGUCUGAGCCCAGCCAGCAGUGCUUUGGUGUUCUGGGCAUUUACCGCCACGAGGGCUUCAAAUACCCCACUGUCCCCACUGUGGAGUUUGACGUGGCCCUGGUGCGCCUGGACGGAGAGGUGACCCCCUCUGACCAGGUCCACUUUGCCUGCAUGCCGCCUGUGGAGCAGGUGCUUCCUGGAGGGACGAAAUGCUAUGCCACGGGCUGGGGAGAUGAGACAGGUAACUUUACAGCUCCAAAAGUGGCCGAGACUCUGAACCAGGUGGCUCUUCCUGUGGUGCCCUAUGACACCUGCAAGCGCAUGGACUACUGGUGGUUCCAGGUCAAAUCCUCUAUGAUCUGCGCUGGAUACAACGCACCUGAUGAACUGAGGUCUGUGUGCCAGGGAGACUCAGGUGGACCCUUCGUGUGUCAGGCCAGCCCCUCGGACCCCUGGCAGGUGCAUGGCAUCACCAGCUUUGGUCCUAUUGGCUGCAUCAUGGACAAGAAGCCCAGUGUGUUCACCCGCUCGUCUGCUUACCUGCCCUGGAUAGAGAACGCUAUGCGGAAGGAUGUUUACAGCCGCCUCAGUUCUGGCUGUGGUGGUCAGAAAGAGCUCAUUGGUUCUGCUGGUAGUUUCUCGUCUAUGAAUAACCCUCAGAGCUACGAGAACCUCGCCCGCUGUCAGUGGAACAUCAUCGUUCCUGCAGGAAUGCGUGUGCAUCUCCACUUCCCCACGUUCUCUCUGGAGGAGAGCCAGCUGUGCCUCAACGACAAAGUCUCUAUCUCAGACCGAGUUGGAUCUCUGGGCACUCACUGCAGCACCUCCCCUCCAGCAGACCUGGUUUCAGCUGGUGAAUCCCUCACUGUUCAGUUCUCCUCCAAUGACAAGGUGGUGGACACCGGCUUCAACGUCACAUGGAGAGCUAUAAACCCAGCAGACAUCAGCAAUGUUGUUGGAUGUGGUGGAGAAUUCACCGGUCAGCAGGGAGAGCUCCAGUCACCAAACUGGCCAAAUAAUUAUCCUAAUCAAGCUGUGUGCACCUGGACCGUGUCCAGCCCCUCGGCCACGAGCCUCCACAUCGUCUUCACUCACUUUGAAGUGCAGGCGGUCAACCUCCUGGGCAAAUGUGUGGACUUUGUGGAGGUCUUUGAUGCUGCUGGAGUUUCUCAAGGUCAGUUCUGUGGAAAUGUGCCACCGAGUCUGAACAUCACCGGAGACAAAGCCAUCAUCCGCUUCCGCACCAACGCCACAGGCCAGAGGAAGGGCUUCCGUGGAUACUGGACCACCGAUCCCAACGUUGUUCCAACUUCAGCCCCUCUGCCACUCAAAUAAAGGGUGUGAGCAGAGAUAACCACACCCUCACACUCUUCCUCUUAAUUGUUUAGUUAAUACUGUAAUUUAGCUUUAUAAUCUUUACUCUCUUUUUAACUGUGUCACAAAGACACAAGGCCUUGGAGGGUGUUUGUACAUUUUUCAGGAAUCAGGAAGCUCAAAGUGAGUUUAUUAACAGCGAGAGCUGUGAAGAGAACGUGAUGCUGAGUGACAGAGAAGCUUCACUAAAGUUCUUCUCUUCUGGGACCAAUACAUCUGGCCAGGAAAGCUUUCUAUCCCCUUUUUUUACCUUCUCAGAGACUUUACGACACUUAAGGACUGUUUGAUACACAAAGACUGGUUAAUUUAUUCAUGAAGGACACAGAGCUGAACAACACCCUGAAGAUCAGACUGGCUGAAGCUGAUCACGUCUUCUGAGCUGGACAACAAUCUGGACACUAUAUUAUUAAAUAUUAUUUAACAUAGUAAUAUUGAUAGAUUCCAUCCAACUGAUUCAGAUCCUAUUGAUUUACAUGUCAUUUGCAUACAGAUUUAAUUGUUUGGAUGGAGUCUGUGUUGGGUUACGGGAAGAAAAUGCCCCUCUCCUCACAUUUUGUUGCUCUCUCUCUCUCUCUGUCAAACGGGCCAAACCGAGGACAGGCAAACACAGAUACCAAACAAUUUAUUACACAGGGAAAAGGCUUAAAGAGGUAGUCAGAGACAGGCAGGGUCAGUAUCAAAAUGGCAGCGAUAAAAAACAACAUACCAGAGUAAGCAGGCAAAAGGGUCAUUCACGGUAAAUCCAAAAGGAAGAGGGCAAGGCAAAAAAGGGUAGUCUAAAGAUACAAAAAAGAGGUGAUUAACACGGAAAAACAAGGAAAAGAAACACUUAUUAGAGGAGCUAGCAAGCUAAAGGGAACAAAGGAAGCAAGGAGGUAUCUAUACAAGGCAGUCCAGGUGUGAGCAAUCAGAAGUUUGGCGAGCGUGAACGCAGUAGUGUCACGUGAGCAGGCAGACUGACUGGUCAGGACUGACACUCUCUGUGCUUUUUAUGAUAAAAUUAUACUUUUACUUUUAAAUAUGUUCUAGGAGCCUGUAUAUCUAUAUAGAGUUUAUGUGGAUAAAGCAUUGAAGGAAAUAUAUUUAGCACAUAAAUACCUUUUCAAUUUGAGAUUAUGUACCUGGGGUAUGGGUGUGGGAAGGGCCAGAUAAAUAUUUGUUUGGGGUUUUGAUAUCUGCUGCUAAAAAAAAGUUGUUUUUCUCAUAAACCUUCUUUAAGAGACAAUUGGAUUGAUCUAGCGAAUGAAAUUUAUACUAUGGAAAAAAUUUCCAUUUCAUUCCGUUUGCAAAUGAAAAGAUUUGUCAAGCCAUGGUUGAAAUGGGUAAUUUUUGUUUUUCCUGCUGUUAUUAUAAAUGUAGGAAAAAUGUUCUAAGGGACAAAAUUGAUUUUGGAUUAAAAUUAAUUGUGUAUAAUGUAGCUGUCCAAUAAAAAACAAGUAUCUCCAAAACAGCAACUUUACAGGAGAGAGAAAAAACCUUUGAAACUUUCAAUGUAAGUCAAUGAUUUUGAAGUAUUUCUAUUGGGCCGUUCAUCAAAAAAAUUAUGAAGUAAUCUAAAAAUCGACAAAAAGAGAUACUUGUUUUUCAUUGGACAGCAAUGAUAUGCUAAGAUAUGAUAGUCUCUUAAAAUAAAGAAUUAAAAAAAGA